CCGCAAGUUGUCAUCGAUCAUGAUUAUCACUCACCUGGACAGUCACUGUCUGACACUGCAAGCAUGUGGCCUUGACUGCUGCCAUGUUCGCCAUUUCUAAUAGGUUUUGCUCGACUUAUUUUAACUCGGUUUUAGUCUGCAAAAUGCAGGUGGUCGACAGUUGACUAAAAGACCGCUCGCAGAAAAACAAUGGGUGGGAGAUGCUUUUGGAGAGAAUCACAGAGUGACUCUGACUGCAUUGCUGGUUAAAGGUUACGGCUGACAAAGUGUUCUUUUAAGAGGAGGCCGCAAAAGUUGGGCCUCUGUCUUCCAUGUAGAGCGAAAAUUGCGGUUGGAAAGCCCGUUAGAGUGAAAUUAGAUUAGCCCAAGCCGUUGAAAAUGGUAAAGUGGGCUACAGUUUGGCCCUUGGGCCUGAAUGUGCAUUGGCCCAAACUGUACUUUUGAUAUGUGCAAUUGGUAAAGAUGCUGACAAUGGUAUGUACUCUGUAGCAUGGGCUGUGGUGGUGAAGGAGUGCAAUAGCUCUUGGUUUUGGUUUCUUGGCCUUCUAAUAAGGGAUCUUAACAUUAAUGGCCAAGGUGAAGAUUGGGUGUUAAUUUCAGAGCAGCAAAAGGGCUUGAUCAACGCUAUUUCAGACUUAGUUCCGGGUGCCGAGCAUAGAAAUUGUGCAAGACAUAUCUAUGCCACCUGGAGGAAGAAGCACACAGAUCAUGAUGGAAAAAGUUGUUUUGGAGAUGUGCUAAAGCCCCCUGUAGGACACUCUUGAACUACCGCAGAGCUAGGUUAGCACAACAGACAGUGGAAGGUGGCUUCUUUUGAUGAAGACAAGUCCAACCCACUGGUGCAGAGCUUUUUUCAGGAUAGGCUCUAAUUGUGAUGCUGUGGACAACAACACAUGUGAGUCUUUAACAAUUAUUUCCUCUAGCUUCCUUCCUGUCAGCUCUAUGCUAGAGGCUAUUAGAUGCAAGAUCAUGGUCAGGAUACAGGAAAAUAGAAGGCAGAAAAAUGGGUUGGGACCAUCUGUCCAAGCAUUUUUAAGAAACUGAAGAUGAACAUCACGCUAUAUUCUUUAUGUCAUGUUUUAUGGAAUGGUAAAGCAGGGUAUGAGGUGAAAGAGCACGAAAGAAUUGGAAAUAAUAAGUUCACUGUCCAUUUGGAGGCAAGAACAUGUUCUUGUAGGUAGUACUGGCAGUUGUCUGGACUACCUUGUUGCCAUGCCCUAUCUGCUAUAUAUUGUGCUGUCCAAGAGGUGGAUAGCUUCAUUGCUAGUUGCUUUUAUAUAAGCGAGUGCAUGAAGACAUAUGAGUAUUGUCUGCAGCCUGUUGAGGAGGGAGAGAGUUGGGAGGCAGCAGAUCACCCUUGGCCAGAAGCACCUGGGUUCAUCAAGCCACUAGGGAGACCUGCCACAGAGAGAAGGAGAAAAACCUAAGGCUCUAAGGGCACCAAACUGACCAAGAAGGGGAUCAAAAUGAAAUGCGGUUAUUGUGGCAGCACAUCUCACAACAAGAGGACUUGUUCAGGUAAUACAAAAUCACAGAAGUAUAUGCAAGCUCAAUAUGUAAAGGAAGCUGCCAAACAAAGACAUGCUAAUUCCAAUGUGGUUGGGAGCACAUCUAAGCAGUUGCCCCAGAAGACAACAAAUCAUGGUAUUUCUUUUAUCUCAGAGCUCACAACAGAGCACAUCAAAGGUUUGCAACCAAGUCCCAUCAAAUCCAUCUGCAAGUCAGAAAAGUAUAGGAGCAACUGGGACUGCAGUUUCUCAAACCUCCCGGCUAAGUUCCUUAGGAUGCCUACAGUGCCUUCUCACUGUGUGGUUAAUAUUGGGAAUCCCAAAGAUAUAUGGCUGGAGCCUCUAAGCUCAAAGUUGGACAGACUAAUGCUCGCGAGGAGUAAUUUUAGAGGGCAAAUUUUUCUUCGUUUAUGCCAGCUAGCUGGGCAUGUCAGCUAGAUUGGUGUUAAAUUCCAGAGAGUGAACUCAGAUCAUCUAUUUUGGGACAUAUGGAUUCUGAAUUCUCUAUUUUUGAAAGCGUAAACUCAGAAACUUAUUUUAUAGUAUUUGAACUCAGCAUCCUUU